CCAAGAGAUGUCGCAAAAAUUUUUUUUAUUAAUUUGAUUUUACAGUUGUAAACAUAGUUUUAAAUAUAUUUUAAAUUACUGUCAUUAAUUACAAUAAUAGUUAAAAAUUUUUUUCUAAAAUCGAUAAUAUUGAUAUUGACAAAUUGACACCUGUAGUGAAAAUAAAGGUUAUCUUAUAGAAAACCAAAAUGGCUGACUUUAUAUAAGUCACCAUAGAAAUUUUAAUAAAAAAAAAAGAGAAAAAUAAUUAUCCCAUAAAAAUAUUUAUUAAUUUAAAUUGUUUGUAAUGAUGGCCAGUAAAGGAUGGAAGAUUGUUCAAGCCCAUGUGCCGUUAAUUAAAUUUCGUAAAGGUGGAACAAGCAGAGUUGUCAGUGGAGCAACUGCCACUCCAUCUGCAACAUCAGCAGGGACGUCGUCGUCUGGAAAAAUUAGCGGUGCUACGGGACCUAAUGUGAUACCAUUACCAAUUAUUGAUGAUUUACAAUUACCACCUCGUUUUCAUAGACGAAGAAUAGAUGAAAAGGAAAUUGAAUAUAUUAAUCGUGGUGGUCCAGAGUAGAAAUUAAAAAAAAAAAAUUAAUUAGGACUUUUUAAAAAUUAUGAAUGAUACUAUAAAAGUAUUGUACAGAAGCAAAAGUUUAUUCAUCUUAUAAAAUAUAAUAUAUAGUAUUCUCGAA